AUGCGGACUGAGCCAUAUCGCCUCACGGCCACAGAGGCGAUCAAGACAAUUCGAGCUGGAGACCUGACUGUGGAAGAUUAUGCCCGUUCUCUACUGGACCGCAUCAAGGAACGAGACGAUGCCGUUCGAGCAUGGAUCUUUUUGGAUGGCAACCAGGUCCUAGAACAGGCGAGAGCUCUUGACAGGCUACCAAAGGAAGAACGUGGUUCAUUACAUGGAGUUGCAGUCGCCAUCAAAGAUGUAAUCUACACGAAAGACAUGCCCACCCAGCACAACUCGGCAAUUUACAAAGACAGCAUGCCCGAGAUCGAUGCUGGAAGCGUUGCCAUGCUCCGACAAGCAGGUGCUUUAAUCUUUGGCAAAACAACCACCACCGAAUUCGCAGCAAACGUGAUCGGCACCAAGACCGCAAACGCCCAUCACGAAGGCAGAACACCAGGCGGUUCCUCCUCAGGCUCAGGCGCCGCAGUAGCCGACUUCCAAGUUCCCCUCGCCUUGGGAACCCAAACAGGAGGCUCCAUGAUCCGUCCAGCAAGCUUCAACGGUAUCUACGCAAUCAAACCCACCUGGAACUCCGUUUCCCGCGAAGGCCAAAAAAUCUACAGCCUCAACCUCGACACUCUCGGCUGGUACGCCCGCUCCAUCGAAGACCUCACCCUCCUCUCCACAUUCUUCGGCCUCAAAGACGACGAGAUUCCCCGUCCCCUCUCCAACGGCGUCCGCGGCCUCAAACUCGCCUUCUGCAAAACCAUGGUCUGGAACCACGCCGGCUCAGGAACCCGCUCCGCCUUCUCAACAGCCCGCUCCCUCCUCUCAUCCUCCGGCGCCCACAUAACCGACCUCUCUCUCCCCCCAGAAUUCCAAUCACUUCCUCAACUCCACACCAUAAUGCUCUUCUCCGAUGGCCGCGUGUCCUUUCUCCCCGAAUACCGUCUAGCCAAAUCCUCCCUCGCAGCAGAUUUAGUCGAACACGUUGAAGAAUUCCACGGUUAUACUCGGAAACAAUAUCUCUCAGCUUGCGAUACUAUCGCAGCUCUGAGGCCGAAAUUCGAUGCGAUAGCAGAAGAAUUCGAUGCUGUGGUUGUGCCUUCUGUACCGGAUGUUGCGCCAGAAGGGUUAGAAAGGACGGGGAGUGCGGUGUUUCAGGGAAUUUGGACUGCGUUGCAUGUUCCGAUUGUGAAUAUUCCUGGUUUUACAGGUGAAGAGAAUAUGCCGAUUGGAUUGAGUCUUGUGGCACCGAGGUAUAGAGAUCUUCAUUUGUUGAGUGUGGCGGAAGAGGUGGCGAAGAUUUGGGUAAGAGAGCCGUUGGAAUUGCCAGAAGAGAGGAGAAAGAAAGCAAUCGCGUAA